AAAAAGUGCGGGUCGGAACUAAGAAUUAGGCUGGGUUUUUCCAUGGCAGACAUGGGAGAAAGCUCGUCAACUGCUCUGAAUUCAACCAGUGAGAAGCCUGUAGUUAUAAGGGUCAAGCGCAAGUCCUACCACUCUCGCCUCGACGCUUUCUGGCUAGAAAUCAAUGAAAGGCCAUUGAAGCGCGCGCUUUUGGAUUUUCAGAAGCUUUCCGUUACUGAUGCUGAAUCAAAAGUGGAGGAGUUGAAGACUAAGAAAGUUUUUGUACAGCAUGUUGAAACAGUUAGCAACUCAGAUGCCAUUAUUGAUGUGCUGCAGUCAUUUGUUGUGCCGAGUUCUAGUAGUGCUGUUGAAGUUAUUCCGAAAGGCGAAGAACGAAAGCCAAGUUUAAAAAAGGAUAGUAAACAAGAGCAGCUUUUAUCCAAGGCGAGACAAAGUAAAGAGGUAUCAGCUCAAAAUGCUCGAUUUGAACAAAUAUGGAGACGUCGUAGGGGAAACAAAGAGGCUUCUCAAGAUAAAGCACUCCAUGACAUGUGUCAUUUUUAUGAUAUUGUCCGUGUUGAUGUCGAGGGACAAUCGAGUGAGAUGCAAGAGCAAGAAUUCUGUUGCAGGGUUAUGUCUUUGGAGGAUCAGGAACUUCUCUCUAGUUUUCUUCCUCUACUUAGAGAGUUUAUUCCAAGUGCUGCUGCUGAUAUUGAGUCUGACAUGAGUGGAAACAUAUCGAAGCCAGCAUCUGCCGAUGAUUAUGUUUAUGACUAUUAUACUGCGAGGGAUGACAUAGAUAUGGACGAUGGUGAUUCUUUAUGCCCAUUUCCAUUGGUACAAGUGGAGGAUGAAGAUUUCUAUGAUGGGCCAGAUGAUGAAUCAGAUUAUGAAAGCGACGAUUCAAAUGCUGAGCAUCAUCCAUGGAAUGAGUAUCCAGAUGAAGAGGAGAGUGGAACAUCGUCUAAUGAAUCAGAAGAAGACGAUGACAGAAGUAGUAGGUCUUCAGAAAUUGAGGAAAGGCUGCAUGGCAGGUCCAAAGUUGGAGUUCCAUCUCGUGGAGGUGGGAUCGAUGAUGAUGAUGAUGGUAAUGAUACUUUUGACGACUAUGAAGAUGAUGAUAACUUUGAGUGUGGUGAUGAUGAUGAAGACAGUAGAUGAUAUUGUUAAUAUGGUUUUUGCCCAACUUGUGUCCUCUUGCUAUAUUGGUAAAUUACCUUAGUUUUGUUUUUGUGUCGAAGUUAUAGCUGUACAAACUUAGGUAGAUUCUCUUAUGUGCCUAGUCUGUUUGCAAUGGCGGCCUGCAUGAUCCGUCGUGUGCAGCUUCAGUGGAGACGUUGACAUUGGCUAAUGUGGAUGAUGGUGAUUAUGGAGUUGAGAGGUGUUUUAUCUGAUGAGGUUGCAUAUAAGAAGAAAACAAAAAUUCAUGGAUAUGCCCUCAUGUUGUUGCUGUAUAGCAACAUCUCUUGCUUUUGAUUAUUAUUGCAAUUCCAACCUGCAGCUGGUAAUCUUUAUCUUUU